AUGUCGCCCGUUACUCGUUUCUUCUCGGCGGCAGCGGUCGCGUCUGUUGCGACCGCGGCUGUGCUUGACCUGGGCAUCAUUGUCGACAAUGGCUACAAAGUUGUCGAGUUUGGCAUCGGGACCCCAGCAAAGACAUUCCGUCUGCUCUUCGAUACGGGAAGCUCGUCUUCGUGGGCGACCGACAGCCAAUGUCUGGCCAGGGGGAAUUGCAAUAACGGGAGCGGAACUGGCUACAGCAUCAACGCCUCAACCAGCGGCCACUACACGGGCGAAAGCGCCGUAAUCCCCUACCUCGGAGGCGACGUCGCCGGCCCCACGGUCGCCGAGAAAUGGACCGUCGGCAACUUCUCCUGGGACCAGUCCUUCAUCGCCGCAAACGAGAGCAACUGGGCUGCGCUCGCCGCCGACGGCUUCAUGGGCCUCGGCUUCAGCUCCAUCAUCGACGGCGGCGCAAACACUGUCGUCGAGACGCUCAUGGCGGAGAACCGCCUCGACGCGGCCAAAUUUGGAAUCUACUACGGCACCGAGGCCAAGAACACGAGCGGCGUGCCCGGCGAUGGCGUUCUGACGAUUGGCGGCUCCCGCGAGGAUGAGUAUGUUGACGGCGACCUCGUCACGAUCCCCAUCACCCGCGUGGACGGCACCUACGAUGUCUGGCGGUCGACGAUCCUCAAGGUCAACGGCACGCGGACGACGAGCAACGGCAGCGUCAUCGAGACGGAGGCGGAUUUCGAUCAGGCGCGCGUCGUCUUCGACACAGGAGCGGGGUCCAUUACGCUACCGACGAAGCAGAACCUGGCCGUGUACGAGUCUAUCGGGAUGAACUACACCAAGAUCCUCAAGGGCGAGCACAUUCCGCUUUGCAGCGAGUUCAACUCGUCGUGGUCGUUCAAGUUUACUUUUGGUGACUACCGGUACCCACAGACGAUUGAGAUCCCGGGCGACCAGUUGGCGAGACCGGGUUUCGCGUACCGGGAUGACGCGUGCUGGCCUCCGUUCGAGGAUGGCGCGCAGUCUGGGUUCGUGCUGAUUGGGACGCCGUUUUUGAGAAACUUUUACACCGUGUGGGAUUAUGGCUCUGCGGCGAAUGAGACGGUGAUUGGGAAGUUUGAUCCGACGUUGUCGUUUGGAUACUUGAAGAACAAGACCAUUACAGCGGAGUGA